AACGACGAUGCUAUUCUAGAGGUCACCGAAGUUCUUAAGGAGUGUCUGAUUCCAGCCGUAAAACAGACCCUACAAGAAGCCGAAAUGCCCACGGGCAGCCUCUCAGCUCCCGAGGUUACUCUGGCGUCUCUAAUGGAAGGCCUGACGUCCGUCGUUAUCGCUACCGCCACCGCGAUGGAACACGGUGAAUACGACUUUGACGGCACCAAAAAGAUCAAGUCUCAGGAGCCGGUCAUUCUUCGUUCGAUUGCGCAUCGUCGAGCGCAGGCUGAUCUGGAGAGCUGUAAAGGCAAGUUGGAGUUGAAGGAGGAGGAGGUCCGUGAGUUGCAUGUGGCUUUGAAGAUGCGAGCCGACGAACUCAGUGAGAUGGCUGUGCGUGUUAAUCUGGCCGAAAAGAAGGCUGAGAGUUCAGGAAAAGGUAAUCUGGAGAAAAUUGCACGACUUGAACAACGCCUCCAACAAUCGCAAAGCGAGCAGAAGUCCACCGAAAAGGAGUACGAGCAAGCACUUGGCACUCUGCAGAAUGAUGUCGAAGCCCUUGAGAAGGAGAACACCGAAUUGAAAGAAAAAUUACGUUCGUUCAGCAAGAAGGCCAUUUUCGAUGGAUUCCUCAAGGCGCCAGCCGCGUCCUCUUCCCCGCUGACUGGUGCUGAUGCUGGCCCUUCACCGACUUCCUCAACUCUUGCCUCCAAGUUGGCGGCCUACAGAGAAACCACUGUCUUGUUAAGCGAGGUCGAGGCCCUUCGUGAAGCCGUCAAUACGUUGUCUUCUGAAAACUUCAAACUCAGAGGAGAAAAAAUGCAUGUAGGUGGACUUGUUCAAAUGAACCAAACGGAAUUUUGUCGAAUAACUAGUAGACAGAUCUCCACCAUAAUUAUUCACAAUGUCAAUACCGAUUGGUUUUCGGGAGUGCUAGAUGACGUUUAUGUCGUACACCUCUAG